AUGGCUGAGCACAUGGCUUCCGAGUUGUGGCGUGAUGUUUUUGAGGUUGAAGUGUCAGGCGAGCUACUGGAAGAUCGGUUGACGAAGCAGCUCUUGGCAGAUCGGCGUGUACUUAAUGCUUGGCAGGCAAAGCUUCUAAACGACAAGGGCGCCUUUUCCGCCGAAACAAAGGCCCGAGUGCAGAGAGGGGAUCAACUGGUCGGUGAUUAUGACAUGCCAGACAGCAACCCGGUGAUCAAAGUACUCACUUUCGGCAGACCAAACAUCCUUGUCGAGAAGCCUGCGGAGAUAGUCAACUGGCAGGGUCAUCGGGUCAGAAAAAGCGAGACUGCGCUUUUUCUCUUGAGGUGCUCGGCGGAUUCAGUGGAAAGCCUUGUUCUCAGCGUCCUUGGCUAUCAUCCGGACAAAGAGCCUCCUGAGGAACAAGGUCAAAGAUGGGCUGCCAACCCGCACCUCACUGAGGUUCUUGAAGAGGCAUUCAAAAGGAACCAGCAUGUGUUUUUCAUUUUGUGUUUCAAGCAGUUCUUCGUGGGCCUACUCCGCAUGUCCUCGGUUACAGAUUCCCGAUUCGGAGGCCCAGAAUUUUGGACCUGGAAACCGAAUGACAAGAAGGAACUGCACCAUAAUAACUUUGGGGUGCAGUGA